GGGGCGGRGCGGUGCCGCCAAGAUGGCGUACCAGACGUUCCGGCAGGAGUACCUGCAGGUGCCGCCCGUGACCCGGGCCUACACCACCGCCUGCGUCCUCACCACCGCUGCCGUGCAAUUAGAACUUAUCACACCCUUCCAGCUGUAUUUCAACCCUGAGUUAAUAUUUAAGCACUUUCAAAUAUGGAGGUUAAUCACAAACUACUUAUUCUUUGGACCAGUUGGCUUUAAUUUUUUAUUUAACAUGAUCUUUUUAUAUCGGUACUGCCGCAUGCUCGAGGAAGGCUCUUUCCGGGGUCGGACGGCAGAUUUUGUAUUUAUGUUCCUUUUUGGAGGAUUUUUAAUGACUCUUUUUGGGCUGUUUGUGAACUUGGUGUUCCUGGGCCAGGCAUUCACCAUCAUGCUGGUCUACGUCUGGAGCCGCAGGAAUCCCUACGUCCGCAUGAACUUCUUCGGUCUCCUCAUCUUCCAGGCCCCAUUUCUGCCCUGGGUAUUGAUGGGCUUUUCACUGCUCUUGGGGAACUCCAUCAUUGUGGAUCUCCUGGGCAUUGCUGUUGGGCACAUAUAUUUUUUCUUAGAGGAUGUCUUUCCCAAUCAGCCUGGCGGCGGGAGGCUCCUGAGAACACCAUCUGUCCUGAAGGCAAUAUUUGACACGCCGGAGGAUGACCCCAACUACAACCCCUUGCCAGAGGAGCGGCCRGGAGGAUUUGCGUGGGGAGAGGGGCAGCGCCUCGGGGGAUAAUCAGGGCCUGUGCCAAAACCCAGCCACCCCUGGGAGAGACUGGCCCACGUGGGGAUUCUCCUUCCCCAGUGCAGAGAGGACUCCCUGACAACUCUAUGGUUUGGAAUACAAGCACUUUAUGGAAUGGCAGUCUCACCCAAGACACUCCCAGCGUUUUUCCCAAUCAGGGAAUUCAUUGUGCUGGACAUAAUCUAAAUCCAGUGGAGCCAAAAAUUUUAAACUGGAAACCAUUUCCUGUUAACUUCAGUUAACAAAGCCACAAGUACUUGUUUAAAGUGAUUUCUAAAGCAUUUUUUUCAAAUUAUUUGAUACAUGAAACUCUACGGGAAACUUUACGGGAGACAAACCCAGCUUUUUGGGUUUUAACUCAUUUUUUUUUAUUCUUGGAUAAAACAACUACAAGAUGAUUGAAAGGCUGUGUCAUUAUUUCAAUGGCAUAAGGGUUUUUAAUCUGAGGUGCUGCUGUCUCCAGUCAUCUGUGAAUUGCAAGGAAUACAACRUGCAGCAUAAUGCCGCUUUUCAUUCUGCCAGUUGGGUUUCUGGAAUGUUCUGCUGGUCGAGGCUACAUUUCAGUGUUUUUUYCCYCAAGGAUUGUGUGUUCAGGUGCYCAGUUUUGAGCCUGGCUGGUGGUUAAAUAGGUGUGUCUGCAAAAUCCAUCCCCAUAUGCCCACUGCUGUUWCUGAAUAACCAGCAGCACCAGGGAAGAAAACUUGUCUGGAGUCAGGACUCAAAAUGAUGAUGAGUUGAAUAAAAUGUCUUGUGGAUCCUUUUUGGUUAAUCCUCUGUGUAAUCCUGUAGUCUUGAGGCAGCAGGUAAAAAAGCAGAGGCUGGAAAAAGCAUGUCCUGGAAGAGAUGGGGAUAACUGAAGCUUUUCCCACAAGUGUCUCAGAACUCUUAAGGAAACAGGAUUGUCUGCUCAGGAUGUGAAAUCCAUGGUCUGGAUGAAGUUUGUUGUGGGAGGGCUGUGUCCARUGCACRCCAGUGGCACUGAGUGGGAUUUAUCUUAAAAYUACAUUGAUWAUGAAUAUCUCUGAGGAGCCACKUAGGAAUUUGGAGCUCAAUUCAGCUCAUCAUGGUCAGUUAUUCCUAAAUUGCCAUAGGAAGUACUGGGUAGAUUUUUAUUGAUUAUAUCAUAAUAGGUAACAAGAGUUGAAGCUGYGUCUUCAUUCUAAAUUUUAGAGAAUGGGCUCAUCUGUAUMUCAUUUAGUCUCAGAUUUUGUUAUUAAAAACUGGCUACGGGAUUUAAUUUUUUUUAAUUCGUAGUCCAGGAGAGGAAUGUCUGGGCAUUUCAGGGGAAAUGGUUUGUCCACAAGCAGCAUGUUAGGUUCUGAGGAAGGGAAUGUGUGAGAUAAUUU